AUGGAGAGCGAAUACAACACGAUCAACCUGAUCCAGAAAGAGAGCAAAAUUCCUGUUCCACAUGUCCGCCUAUUUGAGGCCAACCCAAGCUCCAGCGUUGGGGCACAGUUUAUGCUCAUGGACUGCCUCAAAGGAAAUGUUGGCAUGGACUUGAGAAUGAAGAUUCCCACUGAACACAAAUUGGACGUCUACGCCAAUAUGGCUGAAAUUCAGGUUGAUCUGUUGAACAUCCGGUUGCCGAAAAUCGGGAAAGUCGUCGGGGUAAACAAGGAUGGGACAUACCGACAAGGACCGCUACCAACCCUUGGUGGUCCGUUCGACACUGCGGCGGACUAUUUCAGAGCCUGGGCUGCUAAAGUGGAAUUUGGUCUCUCGAAAAGUCGACUUCGAGACGCCGCCGGCCAAGACACCGACGAAGUAUCACGUUCUCUGUCUGCUUUUAGAGAAUGGGUAAACGAUAACGCGGAGUGCCUGUCAGUCAAUAAUACAGGACCGUUUCCACUGUGUCAUGGUGAUUUUGGUCAUAACAAUAUCGUAUUUGAUGAUGGAUACCGCUUGCUUGGUGUCAUCGAUUGGGAAACAGCAUUUACGGCGCCAUACGAGAUAUUCUGUGAAUUCCCCUUGUCUAUCUCGGUGAUCCCACCUGCCAUGGAUGUUCCAUGGAAAUAUGACGAGGCGGGUUGUCCAACAGACCCAGAGGAUAGGCAAAGAUUUGCCGACAGGGCAAGUUACAUCGCUAUUGUACGUCAAAAGGAACAGGAACGUGGAUUAACUGAGGGAUAUACGCUGUCAGCCGCCCUUGAGGAUGCUCAACGGCAGUAUCUGGCUUCCGCGAUGAGAUUGUAUGAAGAUAAAAUACCGGGGUGGUAUUCUAAGGUGGCGGAAGAGUUCACCAAAGGUGGGUAA